UUUUUUUUUUUUUUCUGUAGCCGAGCGGGUGCUGCUAGCGGAGGCGCCAUAUUGAAAGGGACAAAACUCCGGCGACAGCGAGUGACACAAAUAAACCCCUGGACGCCCUCGUUUCUCUAGUUCUAAGGGCCGCGAUGUUGUACCUAGAGGACUAUUUGGAGAUGAUUGAGCAGCUUCCCAUGGACCUGCGGGACCGCUUUACCGAGAUGCGCGAGAUGGACCUGCAGGUGCAGAAUGCAAUGGAUCAACUAGAACAAAGAGUCAGUGAAUUCUUUAUGAAUGCAAAAAAGAAUAAAUCUGAAUGGAGAGAAGAACAAAUGACAUCCAUCAAAAAGGAUUACUAUAAAGCUUUGGAAGAUGCAGAUGAGAAGGUACAGUUGGCAAACCAGAUAUAUGACUUGGUAGAUCGACACUUGAGAAAGCUGGAUCAGGAACUGGCUAAGUUUAAAAUGGAGCUGGAAGCUGAUAAUGCUGGAAUUACAGAAAUAUUAGAGAGGCGAUCUUUGGAAUUAGAUACUCCUUCACAGCCAGUGAAUAAUCACCAUGCUCAUUCACAUACUCCAGUGGAAAAAAGGAAAUAUAAUCCAACUUCUCACCAUACAACAACAGAUCACAUCCCUGAAAAGAAGUUUAAAUCUGAAGCUCUUCUAUCUACUCUUACAUCAGAUGCCGCUAAGGAAAAUACACUUGGAUGUCGAAAUAAUAAUUCCACAGCCUCUUCCAAUAAUGCUUACAAUGUGAACCCCUCCCAGCCCCUGGCAUCCUAUAACAUUGGCUCAUUAUCUUCAGGAACUGGUGCCGGGGCAAUUACCAUGGCAGCAGCUCAAGCAGUUCAAGCUACAGCUCAGAUGAAAGAGGGACGAAGAACAUCAAGUUUAAAAGCCAGUUAUGAAGCGUUUAAGAAUAAUGACUUUCAGCUGGGAAAAGAAUUUUCGAUGCCCAGGGAAACAACUGGCUAUUCAUCAUCUUCGGCACUCAUGACUACGUUAACGCAGAACGCCAGCUCAUCAGCAGCUGACUCCCGGAGUGGGAGAAAGAGCAAAAAUAACAACAAGUCUUCCAGCCAGCAGUCAUCAUCUUCCUCCUCCUCCUCUUCGUUGUCAUCAUGUUCUUCAACAUCUACUGCAGUGCAAGAAAUCUCUCAGCAGACAACAGUAGUACCAGAAUCUGAUUCAAACAGUCAGGUCGAUUGGACUUAUGACCCAAAUGAGCCACGCUAUUGCAUUUGUAAUCAGGUAUCCUAUGGUGAGAUGGUGGGAUGUGAUAACCAAGAUUGCCCUAUAGAAUGGUUCCAUUAUGGAUGUGUUGGAUUGACGGAGGCACCAAAAGGAAAGUGGUACUGUCCACAAUGCACGGCUGCCAUGAAGAGGAGGGGCAGCCGACACAAAUAAGAGUGGCCAUUCCACGUGAGGAAGGAAAAAACUUCAGCUUAAUAUUUUAUAUAGGACUUUAAGAAAAAAGAAAAGGGAAAGAAGAAACAACGCAUUUCUCAGCAACUGCUUAAAGGAUUUAUAUAGACAAUCCUAUAAGAUCUUGAACUAUAAAUUUUAUGGAUUGUAUUUUAAUAAUGUAAGUAAAUUAUUUAUGCACUCCUGGUGUGCUCUGAAUAUUAUUCCAGUUAGCCUUGGAUUAUUUCAGUGGCCAACACAUGCAGACAUUUGUACUCCUCAACCAUUUUCUCAAAGUAAUGGGCAUUCUAUAAUUUAGACUUCAAAGAAUUCCAACAAUGAAGAUUUUAAGAAAAGUAUUUUAUAUUCAACAGGUAUAUUCUGCUGCAUGUACUGUACUCCAGAGCUGUUAUGUAACACUGUACAUAAAUGGUUGCAAAAAAAAAAAAAAGUCAGUGCUUCUUUCAGAAGACUUUAAGAUAAUGGUUUUUAAAAUGCCUUUAUAAUAAGCUUCAUUUCUUUGUGAAACUAAAUUCAGCAGGCUGAAGAAAAUGGUUCGUGUAAUAAAGUGGGCUGGCAUCCUCUAGAGUACCUAGGUACAUAAACAGAAACUCCUGUAGUUAAAAACUGAUCUGUGCCAUUAUUCUUUAUAUGUUUCUGCAUCCAAAUAGAAUGCAGUUCAUGAGGGUGGGAGGGGGGCUGAAGAGGGGAAAAGGGUGUUAAAGUGAUACAUUUUUAUACCAAAUGUGUUUAUUUUUUUGUGCAAGUAAUCCUUAAAAUUGGAAUUGUAUUAGGUGUUAAAAUAAAGUUUUUAAAAAAUUA